AUGACUAGGUUUAAAAAGUUUAAUCAGCACGAUGCUUACAUUCUUGGGUGUCUAAAUGUUAAUCCUAUCCCUAUUCAACAACAUCCAAUUCAUCUCAUUACUUGGUCUAAACCACUACUUGGUAGAGUCAAGUUAAAUACGGAUGGGAGUUGCCUGGGUAACCCAGGUAUGUCGGGUGCUGGAGGGGUUAUUCGAGAUAUGCAAGGGUCUGUUUUGUUGGUUUUUUCUAUGAAUUUAGGAUAUGGAGAUGGUACUAAAGCAGAACUACGGGUGUUACUGGAAGGGAUUAAACGUUGUAAAGAAUUAAAUUUGUCUGCUCUGGAUAUUGAAGUGGAUUCACAGGUUGUUCUGUCAUGGCUGCAGAAAAAUAGGUGCAGAAUCUGGUAUUUGGAGGACUAUUGGGAGGAGAUUCAGGAGCUGAUUAAAGAUAUGGAUUACAAAUUAUCUACAUAUUUAGGGAAGGGAAUGCUGUUGCGGAUUGGCUUGCUCGGUGGGGGGCAAGAGUGGGUGAUGCGGAAUGGAGAAAUACGUCGGAUUCUCCUGCUAUGCUGCGAGGUUUAA